ACACCUCAUACUGGUCACGUGACUCAUCUCCCCUACGCCAAAAGUGAAAAAUUUCUUCCAACGCUGAGAACGAUGAUGGGCCUUCGCUUCAACGCCGUUUCCAUCAACCUCUCCACGCUAAUCCAAGCUUAAGAUGUCCCUUCCAUUCGAUUUCUCCGGCAUCUCAUCCACGUGGGGCCCACAGUCCACGAUCCCUGAAUCGCUACGUUUCUCUGACAUCCCAUACGCUCCUUAUUCCAAGGCUGAUAAGUUGGGUAAAGCUGCUGACUGGCAACAACAGGAGUUCCAGCGUGAUCUUAAGGACAAGAAGCGUAACCAGAGAGACUACUUCCACGCCUACGGUGCCAGUGCUGCUUCGUCGUUCGCUGCUGAGGCACAGGACGAAGGUGAGGACUUUGAGAUUGUUGAUAACUCCAAGCAAGUGCAGAACAAGCAGGUUUCACAAACCACCGUGUUGAAGAGAGGUGGUGGCAGACAACAGCAACAGCAAGGCCAAUCAUUCCAGAAGAAGAACUUCACCAAGAGACAAUUCAACUCCCAGGGCUCCCAGCAACAAUCCUCUGGUUCUUCCAACGCCUCUGGCCAAGGCAACGGCUUCCAAGGCAACAGACGUUACUGGAGAAAUGAGAAGCCUGAAAGAGUCCGUGACAGCUCUGUCAAGGUUGAGGACUCGUGGGUGGUUGUUUCCGAUAUUGAGCUGAACAAGCUGAGCAAAGUGGCAUUUUCGGUGUCUCAGCCUCAAGAAUUGGGUACUUACGGUUCGUUGAACGCAUACAACAAGAAGUUUGAGAGAGGUGGAUUGCCGUUGCAAGCCAUUGAUAAGAACAUCUACAACCCAACUGCGUCUGAUGACCCAGUUAUUCAGAAACUGCAAUCUGACAACGUUGCACAGGUGUUCACCACGGACUCUGUGGUGUCACAGUUGAUGUGUGCCUCAAGAUCAGUUUACUCCUGGGACAUCAUCGUCACCAAGAAGAAUGGCCAGAUCUUCUUGGACAAGCGUGAGGGCUCCCAGAUCGACAACCUGACCGUUGAUGAGAACGCUGCUGAUGCUCCGUCAGAUACUGCCGAGGACACUGACAGUGCAAGCAAGUUGUCACUAGAGGCCAUGUUCCUCAACCAAAACCUUUUGGCCAACGUUGUUGCUGACGGCCAGCAGAUCUCCUUGGAGCAUCCUAACCCAUUCCAGAGCAACAGCGAUGAGCCAUUGCUGUCCAAGGGCUACUCGUACAAGAAGUGGGAGUUCACGACUGCUGAAGAGACCGAGGGUGAACGCCCAUUAUCCAUCGUUAUCAGAACAGAAUUCGAUACAAAGGACACUGCCUCAAACCAGCUCUUGAGUGUGAAGGCCAUCAAUGAAUACAAGAAGGGCCCAUUGGACUGGAAGACCAAGAUCAUGUCGCAGAGAGGUGCCAUCAUCGCUGCAGAGCUCAAGAACAACAACAACAAGUUCUCCAAAUGGACUCAGCAGGCCAUCCUUGCCGGUGUUGACACCAUCAAGCUGGGCUUCAUUUCAAGAGCAAACUUCAAGGACAACACUAGACACACCGUGCUUGGUGUCUCCUCGUUCAGACCACAGGACCUUGCCUUGCAAAUUGGACUGUCCACUGCCAACGGUUGGGGUAUUGUGAAGUCCUUCAUCGACAUCAUCAACGCUCAGCAAGAUGGUAAGUUUGUCAUCCUGAAGAACCCUAACGACCCAAAGAUCACCGUCUACAGAGUUCCUGAAAACUCGUUCAUCGAGGAAUGAUCUACUUGUUUUAAACUACUGGGCAAUUGAAUCAACAA